UAGAAAUAGCACCAUCGAGUACUGAGUGCCUCCGCUGGUGCUCUAGAUUUCAUGGAUUCUGGCCACAAUGCUUCAGCGGUCCAGUUGAUGGCCAAUGUCAGAUCCAGCUCCUUCCAACCAGAGAGAAGACCAGCGUGCCGACACCUUCCACGAUUUGCUGUUGGCCCUUGAAGCUGAUGGAAAAGAAACGGUUUCAGGAGUUCAGAGCUGCACGGUCUGCUUCAGACAAGUUGGAAUUGAGAUACAGCACAAUGAUGAACAACAAUGGUUCGUUCCCUGGGAAGCUAUGCCUGAGGUGCUUGAGGCAUCUCCAUCUCGUUUAGGUAUUCCAGAGUCGCAUCCACACGUCGUACAGCUACAAGCAAGAUUCUCUUUUGGAUUUAGUAGCUGCACGGGUUGCAAAUUCAACAUUGCGGCCCGUUCCAGAGAGUCCCUCGACGCGAUUGCGCAGACCGUCCUGAUCCGAAGUUCGCAAGCGACGGCCUUGGAACCACCGAGUGACCUCGACCGAACGUCCCGGUCGGGUGCCGAUGGCUUUGGGGACUCGGAUGCUGCCAGCUCGCCGCACACAAGUGUCCCAGCCCCAAUCAUGCACGGGACAGGAAGCUUGGCAAACAUGCCCACCCCACGGGCACCUCCACGUACACAUCAGGAGAGGUUUGACAUCGCUUCCAACUUUGAAUCUGGAGGCCAAUCUUUGUCAGCUGCAGAAAGGAUGCCCGCUGAGAUACUUGCUGCAUUAUUGGAUGAGCCGAAGGUCCCAGAACCCUUGACACUUCAGCAUGCCUGGUUGCACCUACCACCUGUUUGUCCCAUCUAUCACCGCUGCCUUGUUUGCGUCGACAAACUUGGCCUCUCACUGAGACCAUUGGCGCUUGGAAAAUCAUCGAAGUACAAGGCUGCAGAGCUGCACGCGAGUGGAUUAAAAGUGCUGCACACUGAAUCCCUCAGCUUUCCACUGUCAUCAAUUCUGGAUGUGGAAGAAGCGUCAGAGAUAUCGAUGCUUCCGCAAGGAUUGGACGGAGCACAGCCUUCGGACCUUGCCAUUCCAGACCGUACACAGCAUUUGUCCCAGAACGGUGUGGGUGGCCGGAGGCACUACCUUCCCUUGGCACGAUUCGUGUUUUCCCGCCGUUCGAGUAGAAGCGCCACAGCAACACAGCAAGAACGUCAGAGUCACAAGCAAAAGCCUAAUCCUGAAUUGGCUGAACGGCUCCCUGCGGCUGCAGCAUACUUUGUCAUCAUCAAAGUUCGUGCUGGAGUGAUUGGAAAGGUGCCUGGCCAGGAGCGCUUGCCUCCCUGCAUGCGUAUGCGCGAUUCACGUCCUCCAAUCCAGCUUGCGCUUGCCCUUUACAGCAAGCAAGAGGUGUCCAAGCUCAUCGCUACAGUGCUCUCUUUCAAGUCGUACCAAGCUUCGACAGCAUCGGCCAGCAUUCUUUACAAGACGCGAGCCAUUCAUGACAGGUCAAAGAUACCACAUGAAGAGGUGCAUUUCAAGCAUGCAACUGCAGAUGCUCAUCUACCAGGAAAUGCAGCCAGUCAAGCUCGAAUCCUCACCAACGAUGAUGGAGAGGUGUUUUGGUACGUGCCCAAGCGGCAGGACACUGGCUCUUUGAGCAAGCCGGAGUUGAGGCCUGAGCCGCCUGAGCCCUGCUUUGGUCGUGAUGCAGAUGCCUUUACAAUCUCGAUUUAGAACAGAGCAGCCCUUUGAAGCGAGAAAUAGGCUGGACUGCUUGGCCCCUGUCGCGCGUGUGGGUUUCAAUUCCUUGGUGGGCAUCAUUUUUGAGCAUCUAACUGUCAGUCGGUUCCCCUUGAAGAUCCUUGAAGAAUUGGGUCAAGCACAAUCAGAAUUAUCCGGCCUUAAACAAAUUCUGAGCUUCUUUGUGGCCCAGAAGCUUUGUAUCACAGCCAAGCCACGCACUUUUGCUCAAACACAGCUUCAGCUUGCACCGUCAUUGGGACUCAAAAAGAUUCCUUGUGGCAGAUGAAUCCAUGGGCUUUUAAAUUGAGAACACUGUAUAGCAGGGUGCCUCAAUGUCAACUCCACG